AUGCACACCACCAUGAAAGGCUGCGCCACUGAGUCUGCUGAGUUACCGUCCUGCUGGCGAACGUCCUCUCCUGAGCCCCACUCCCGUGGCACAGCCACGCGGCCCUGGAUAACCACACCGCAGGUGGCAGUGCCCCCGGCUAACACCACCCUGAACGGCCUGCACUGCCCAGCCUGCUACUCUGUGUUUACCCAUCACUGCAGUGAAGAGAUCAUCGACUGCACAGGAGCCCAGACCCAGUGCAUCCAUAUCAGCGGCACCGUGAAAACCGGUGAGACAACCGUGCACACCACCAUGAAACGCUGCGCCACCGAGUCUGCCUGCACUAAUAUACAACAGUUCAAAGGGGCCUUCGGGGGGUUCAGGGCAGAUCUCACCACAGCCGAAUGUAGACCAGCCUCCCGUGCGGCCAGCAUGGCUCCAGAACCAUCUGGACUCAUCCUCCCAGCCCUUGUUACCGUCCUGCUGGCGAACGUCCUCUCCUGA